AUAAAUAAUAAAUGAUAUAAGGUCGAUAGUUAUUGAUGAAGAAAAUUAAUAAAUGAUAAUUGUGAUCACGUGAUAUACAGAAUGAAAAAGAAUACAAAAUGGAUUUUACAACUGUUUAUCUUGGGAAUAUGUUGGGCCCAUGUCAAAUCAAACACAGACUGGGCAUUUGGAGGAUUUCCAAUGAGGAACGAAAUGGCUUGCGAGAAGUAUCCAAUAUCACUAAGAUGUCCUGGACAUGACGUCAUUCAGAUUGUGUCCGCAGAAUAUGGCCGGCAAAAUACCUUCACAUGCAGCGCUUCUACUGGUGAAAUGAAGAAUGUAAAAUGUUCGUUACCCGGAGCCAAAUCUAUAAUGGCUGAAAAAUGUAACAACAGAACCCAAUGUUCAUUUGAAGUUUCAACAGCAAAUUUCCCCGACCCAUGUCCGGAGACGCAUAAGUACUUGAAAACAUCGUUUAACUGUGUUAAAUAUAUGUUCGGAUGUCCUGGUUCUCUGACUGGAAUUGGAUCCGAAAUCGUGACCGCAGUUGAAAUUCAACCUCAGUCUGGAACUUGGACAAAAGAUCCGCUUUCGAGUCCAGAUCACGUGUUUUUCAUGUCUUCCAGUCAACAAAUAAUACAGGAAUACCGGAAUUGGGAUGAUUUUGUAACCGGAAAUCCUUCAUAUCGGUAUAAUUUGCCUUCAAAAGCAGCCCCGGGAAAUAUCGUCGUAUAUGACAGGAAUUUAUAUUAUGUAAAGGCAAAUUCCCGCAGUAUCAUUCGAUACAGUCUGAUCACCCAAAGACGAACAAAAGAAACUGUUAUACAGGCAGAAUCCGGCAUCCCUCAGAAUCGUGAUAUCUCCUUAUCAGUAGAUGAGAAUGGACUAUGGGUUAUCUAUCCACGACAAAGAGGCCUUAUCGCUAUCAGUAAACUUGACAAAGAUCAGCUAACUUUAUCGAAAACUUGGAACACGAACCUUCGAACAUCCGAAUCACUGCACACCUUUAUCAUAUGCGGAGUUCUAUAUUCUGUCAGUUCGUCGACUGGACAAAUAGACUAUUUUUACAACACGAAUCUCAAACAAGAAAAACGAGGAAUUCGAAUCUCAUUUGACGCCGACCAGGCCUAUAAUUUCAGAAGAAGGACGCGCAGUCGGACUUCGUUCCGACGUUACAAUGCUACAUCUGUAUCUUACAACCCAAGAGAUCAGCUGCUAUACAUAUGGGAUGGCGAUAGUGCUAAUGCUGUGUAUUAUAAACUGCAUUUCGAUAGCCAAGACCCUUCAAAGCCUCAUGUGGUAACAACCACCAGACCAACAACAACCAUGACAACCAGACGUAGAUUGCCGCCUAGAACCACACGACCAGUCCUUGUUACCAACCCGACCACAGAAAUACCAGAAGUAAUUCCCCCAGACGCAUUUCCUCGGCCAGUCGAUUACUGCGGAUCUACAAUGAGAAAUGGCAUCAGCUGGCCACAGACCAGCGUCAGCGAAAAUGCGAGGAUGCCUUGUUUGGAUGGGACAGGAGCUGUUGCAACAUGGAAGUGUAUUCGUGAACCAUCAAUGCGUGAAGCAGCAUGGCACGUGGCAGGUCCCGAUUUGUCAAAAUGUAUCACCUGGGCAAGUGACGUUGAAACAAAAUUUAAUGCAGGUCUUAUUGAGCGGGCAUCCGCCUUUUCUUCCCUUGCUUCGCAAAUAUCAGAAGAAACUGAGUUUACAGAAAAGUCCAUCCAAGUUGCGACAGAACUGAUGAAAAAACUAUUGGAGGAUCCUACGCUGCCAAGCAAAUCUGAUGCCAAGAAAAUCAUCGAGUCCGUGACCACAAUUUCAAGCAAAUUACUGAAUUUUCCUGAGUCAAUGAAAAGUAUGGAAAAAGAUGAAAAAACUCAAUUAUCAAAUUUACUGAUGAAUGAAAUAGAAAAAGCUGCGUUCCUUUACGCCGAUACUGUUGCCAUGACACCCGCUGGCACAAGAGACAAUGAUCCCUUGAUAAUUGCAAAGGACCAAGUUAUAAUACAAGUGGACGUGAGAGAGAAGUCAUUGCAAUCUAUGACGUCAGGUUCUGUGACGUCAUUUCCAAACGAAAAGACUUGUGCAGGGAUCGACAAUUGCGGAUCUGACGUAAUCAGACUUGCAGAUUCUGAAAUAUUGGGACAAAAAGGCGAAGGUCCAGCUACAGUCGUAUUCGCUUUGUACAACAAUCUGGGAGAUUUCCUCAACCAACCGGAUGAUGUAGAUGUAGAUGACGACGACACCAAGAAUGAUGACGUCACUAAUGACGUCGCCACAUGGGAAAUUGAUUCUAAAGUUAUUUCGGCAACGUUUAGACAACCAGGAUAUCAAACGCACCUCAGCAAACCAGCAGUUAUUGUACUGCAACAUAAAAAGGCGUCACAUUCUCCACAUCGAUGUGUGUUCUGGGAUUACUCUGAAAGCACUAACUCUGGCAACUGGAGCGACGUCGGUUGUCGAAUGACAGAGAACAACGAGACCCAUACAACCUGUGAAUGUGAUCACCUGACAAGUUUUGCGGUUCUUGUAAAUCACGCGGGAGUUACCAUAGCACCCAUCCACGACAUGGCGCUAACGAUCGUAACAAGUGUUGGGAUCUCUAUCUCCAUCGUGUGUUUGCUUCUGUGUAUUCUGACCUUCUCGUGUUUCAGAAACCUUUACAACGAUCGCAACACAAUCCACAAGCACCUCUGCAUCUGCCUUCUCAUCGCUGAAACGAUAUUUCUGAUCGGAAUCAACCAAACGCAGAAUAAAAUUGUUUGUUCGAUCAUUGCUGGCUCGCUCCAUUAUUUCUUUCUUGCUGCUUUCUGUUGGAUGGCAUUGGAAGGCUUUCAACUUUACGUCAUGUUGGUUGAGGUCUUUGAAGCGAACAGUUCAAGAUGGAAGUGGUAUUACCUUGUUGGAUAUGGCGUUCCAGCUUUAAUUGUCGGUGUGUCUGCUGGUAUCGAUCAUGCAGGGUAUGGAACAGACAGUGUCUGUUGGUUGGAAAUAGAUUCCGGUUUUAUCUGGAGUUUCGCUGGACCCAUACUAGUCAUUAUUCUACUAAACCUCGUUUUCCUCUCAAUCACCGUCUAUAAGAUGUACGUUCAUACGAUGUCGUUCACUGAUUCUGGAAAGAUUAAUUCAAUCAAAGCGUCAGUUCGUGGAGCGUCUGUUCUUCUCUGUCUUCUUGGAAUAACUUGGGCGUUUGGUUUCUUAUGGAUCAGCGAACACAUGACGGUCGUGGCCUAUUUGUUCUGCAUAUUCAAUGCAUUUCAAGGAAUGUUUAUAUUUAUAUUCCACUGCUUAUUACCAAGAAAGGUGCGUCAAGAAUACAGCAGAUGUUUUAGCAGAUUUCCUUGUUGUAAGAAUAUAUCACGUGAUACCUACGUCAGCAAUAGUAUGACGUUUUCAAAACAAUAUACUCCAGGAAGAUUUGCACCAAACGGGACAAAUGGACCCACUCAACAGUCAAGUAUUACUGGACACAGUCAACUCCGUAGAAUGUGGAAUGAAACAGUCGCUCCAAAGACUUCAGAAUCUUCUCCGAUCGCUUCAGAAGUUUCAAACAAUAUUGUGCAAAACAGAGGAUUAAAAGUCACUCAAUCUCUCUCAAGAGAACUUUCGAAAAUGAGAGGAGUUUCACUCCGUGACCGUUCCAACUCAACAUCGUCCUUUCUUUAUUUUUAUUCCGUUGACAAGCCCAAAUAUGGAUUAGGGAAACCCCCUAAAUUUGGCGCCACUGAGCCACGACCCCGAAGAAGCCGUUCCACUAUCAUAGCCAACUAUUAUCAACGAAACACAAUGACGUUAUCAGACUCAUCAAGGCAACCAAACUGUAAUCACCGAAUGACAUCCAAUUUACCUCAAAAUUCUGGCAACAUUGAAAAACCAAUACCUACUCGUCAACAACUACAGGUCGUGAGGCAAGAAGAUGACGUGUUUCUACCCUCAGAACAUGAGUUCGAAACUCGGUCGCCUCAGAUGAAUUCAGAAAAUGUCGGACUUCUUCAAAAUGAACAAGACGAAAUCCAAUAUGAUCGAUUACACCAUCAUCGUCAUGGUGAUGGUAAUUUCCACCACGAUGGGGCGCCAUUUCAUUCUCAACAUUACCCCCCACCUGGACAUUUUCAUACAGGACUCCCUCCCGCACCAAGACACCACACGCACACUUCUACCGGAGUUCAUAACCACCCCAGAUUCGGGCCCACAUCCCAUUCUCAAUCGCGAAUACGGGACAUGGGGGACGAUGCGAUUUUGGAUCCAAACGUUAGAUACCCCCAAAGCAGGCAUCGAGAACCCGCACACCCAUAUUACUGGGACCUUGACGCCCCUUUAGCGCACCACCACGCCCAUCAGAGCAGCCUAGAUGACAGUUUAGGAAAUACUAAAAGAGACUCCGGUAUCAGCAUGCAGCAUUUGCCGCCAAACUCAAUGAUGCAUAACCUUGCAAACGAAAUGCAUCGCAACAAAGUACGUAGUUCCCAUGACAACCUGACAAGUGGUGUCCAAUCAGAUAUCGAUGUACAAAACCACGGGAUGCCAAGAAAAGUGCCUUAUCCAAUUAGAGGACAGAAUGGCAUGGAGGCGGGGCAAAUUGAACCAGGACAUCAAAGGUUUUCACCCAAUCACAGACGAGGAGGUGGGUUCUCUGACGACGAAGGUCAGCCCUCAUCAUACGAAGAUCGUGAGAAUCCACAGAAGUACCAAACGAGCAGUAUGGAUACUCAAAUGCCCCCACAUUGCGCCAUACAUAACCCGGCUGUAAUCCCCUUAUCCGGGAGACAGGAUGUCCCGAAGUCUCACCAAGGAGGGCACAGGAGGCGCAAGUCCCUUAGUACCGAUUCGGACGAUCCCAUCACUAGUGACUGCAGCCCUAGUAGUACCGGAUCGUUUGAUAAGCCACAAAACAGACAAUAUAGGCAAUGGACUGGUCAAGAAGAAUGUGCUUGAUCUUGCAAGCUAGACCUCAAUGAAUUCAUGGUUAGUAAAUGCUGAAAUGAUGAAAAGCAAACAUAAUAUUUGCUAACGUUUCAAAGACUACAAGCCCCCGUUAGGAACCGCUGCUUUAGGGGCUAAGAAGUGGGUUUCAAAAUGGCCCACAAUUUGUACAAAUAAAUACCAUUCAAACUUCAAUUACAAAAAAAUAUUGAAUAUAAAGAAAAACGUAAAAAGCGUAAAAAACGCAACCAACAGAAAAGACACGUCAAACUUAAAUUUCUAUUUAAUAUAUGUUCCAGAGGUUGACUUUUUAUUCAACUUUAUUGCAAACUUUCACUAGCUUUGAGGUAUAACGACGACCAAUUAAAUUGUUGUAUGUGUCAAAACUGUGCGAGAGAGUGCCACAGCACCAGUUUUACUUCUUCUAUUACAAAAUUAGUUACAAAAGUUACAAAAUUAGCCAAGUCAGUAUUCUAAUAAGUAAACGAAUAGCUUGCGGAGCCCUUAGGCUUUUUCACGGAGCCCUGGGGCUCCUUAUGAACCCCUUUUAGAACCUAUGUUUAAGCCACCAUCUCGAAGAUUCCACCACAAUGCCAGUUUUUGCUUACUUAUAAGUAGCAAAAUGGCCCUGUCGUUGGCCACAGUGUAUUAUUGUCUGUGGCUAGAGAUCUUGUUUUUAAGCUAUAUCGGUAUAUUGUCUUAUCUUCCAUGGCGUUACAAAAUGGGUCUGCUAUGGCAAUUUGAAAAGGUUCGAUGCUGUAGCCCAGUGUAUCCAACAUAAGCGAAGUGUGCAUGGAAGAGCAUUUGUUAGAGCUAAAUUACAAAACAUUUUAUAGGAUGGGUCUUUGAUAAAGAUUUAUGGUGUUCCCGAAGUAUGCGAACCAAGAUGGCGGACAUCGGAACGUAACAUGGGUAACAGGUUAGGGUUAGGCGAUAAUUUUUUUCCAAUUUUCCUUAUUUUAGUCCUAUUAUCAGUUCGAAGACUAGCCAAGAGCCUCCCGUAGUAUUUAUACCUAACAUUAUGGCCUAACCCUAACCUAGUACACAUAUUUCAUUCCGAUGUCCGCCAUCUUGGUUCGCAUACUUCGGGAGCCCCAGUUUUAUUAUAGAUUUAAUCAUUUGCUUUUAUUGAACGCUGCCUUAUUUUGCAAUUUUGAGAUUUUUUUGUUCGCUAAUAUUUAACAUAAGUAGAUAAGUAAUUUUGCUCCAAUGAAUCUGGCAACACUCAUUGAUACUCACUAUCAAAUCGUAUUAUACUAAGCACGGUUCCAUAUAACGUAAUCAAAUGGCGAAUAUCAAUGUUUGUUGCCAGGUUUAUUGUUUACUUGAAGCAUAGAAAAUACCAAAUAGGUAGUGCUUUUUUUACAUUUUAUUUUUGUUUCUUUUUUUCCUUAAAAAUGACAUUUUUGUUGCAUUUAUUGUACAUUUGUUUCAUUAAUUUGAAUCAUUUUUAAAAACAAAUCAAUUUCCUAAUCAGCUUCAUUAUUUACCUAUCAACCUUAAUUAACAACAGCACCAAUAACAACAAACCGCAUAUUGACAACAAAAAUGUUUUUGUUUUAAUUUCAUGUUUGCCUUUUCAUACUAACAGUUUUUCUCCACCCUUUCACUAACAAUUAAAAAAACUCAAAAAUUUGGCUUCAACUCCGGUCCCAGUUUUAACAAAUUUGACUCCAACUACAGCAAAACCUUGGAUUUCUAUCAUUAUAUUGAUAUAAGCAACUCAUAUCAACUCAAAAAUAAACGUUGUAAUUUGGACCCGGCUCCGGCUUCAAUUUGAGUCAUAUGUCAAGUCCUUCAACUCCAGAUAGUAUAAAAUACUAAAAUACUCAAACAUGGGAUUGACUCUCAACCUAUACUCUCUAAAAAUGCUCAGAUGUGUUGACACCUAUGUAACACCAUUCGCGGGAUAUUUAAAAAGGCGAAUUAACUCAACAACAAUGGCGAGUUAAAAAAAUGGUUCAAAUUCACAUUUCGUGCCCUAUAAAUGCACAUUGUUGAAAUCUACGGAUAUGAAUAAGACGCCAUUUGAAGGUUAUUAAACGAAAUUUUGGAGUAAACCAAUGCGCACAAUGAUGCCUUAACGAAAUAUGAGAACAAAUUACGCCGGUUAUCCUUAGCUUAAUAUUUAAAAUGAUCCAAUCGGUUCAAAUAUACUGAAAUUAUUUAGCACAAUAAUCAGAGUUUACAAGAUUCCUUUCGCAGCAUUUUGUUAUAUAUUUCUAAUAUUAACCUGUGCACUGAUUUCGCGCUAAUGACGUCAUAAAUAAGCAUUGCGUCAUUUCCUGUUAACCGUGACCAUAGAAACGGAUUGUGCUUUAUACACGAUUUAUCGAUGGCCAUGCAUUGCAGUGUGUGAUCUUUGUUGAAUAUUAUGUUUAUCUAUAUUAUGUAUUAAAUACCACUGUGAUAUAAUAAUGAUAUUAUUAUGAUGUCAUUUCAAUAAAAGUUUCCGCGCGAAA